CAUGAGGUUCAUAAACCGAUCUUUUGUUUUCGCCUGGUUAUACUUGAUGACCACCACGCGCGACAAUAUCAUCGAUUGUUUCUGUCUUAACGAGGGCCAACGCCGACGACCGCCGUUACGCAAAUCCAAUGAGCAAAGUUUUCACUGUAUCUGGAGGGACUCCGACGCCGCUCCCUAGGCAAUCAGCUUGGGCAAAGGGCCCGCCGCAGAGAAGUUCAUCUUCAGCUGUCCCCUCGCCGCGAUCGCAGUCUCCUGCUCCAAACCAUGUCGCUUCCCUAAUAACUACUUCUCACUCCAGACGUCCAAGUGCGUUAUGCCAGGGUGUAUCCGUAAAAGAUGGCGUCUCUGUCCCUCGAAAUAGUCUGGGUUCAGUACGACCAGGAUCCGUUGUUUUUGCAUCAACAGAUGAUGCCUGGGCCCCAGUAUCUUCAUCAUCAGCCGCCAUUCCCGCCGUAAAAACCGAAGUCGUAAAAUAUUUCGGAUCCGUGCCAGCUACCUCUUCCAAGUGUGUAAAUGGCAAAACUCCCGCUUUCACAUCGACCACAGGGUCAUCGAAGCCUGCAAGACCCGCUUUAUCAUCCACUCCCUCAAACUCUACUACUCCUCCCUCAACAUCAACCGCAUCCACCCCCAAACCGAGUAAAGCAGAUAUUGCAAAGCUUUUUCAGAAUCCCUCGUCGUCCUCCCCCCACCCACAUCAAGCCCCUCACGGAGGUGUGGCUCCUAUGCAGCGCAUGCAAUGUGGCGGAUACUAUUAUAUGGACCCGUAUCAACAACGACCUCCCUCAACUGCAUCUACCCCCAAACCAACUAAGGCAGAUAUCGCAAAGCUUUUCCGGAAUCCCUCAUCGUCUUCCCAACCUCCCUCCGACAUGGCUUCUCCUUCCACGCGACACUCUAACCUCCCUCCACAUCACCAGUCGUCAUCUUCGUCACAGCCGCCCCCGCAACCUUCCCAACUGGGCGCACAUUCUUUUACUCCAUUCGUGCCUGGUAUGCGUCAAUCACAGCAGCCUGCUGGCACACCACGUUCACCUGCAUUUCCCCGUGCCGUGCCAAAUAUGCAAGCCCAAUCCAGACCCGGUCCUGGGCCGGGGGGUCCCGGUGGCCCUAAUAUCCCUGCCAGCCCUCGCAUGGCUCCCCACCCACAUCAAGCCCCUCCUGGAGGUGUAGCUCCUAUUCAGCCCAUGCAAUGGGGUGGAUACUAUUAUAUGGACCCGUAUCAACAACAACCUCCUUGGGGGUAUUAUGCUAUGCCCUCCCAGCAUAUGCACCAACAAUCUCACCAGCAGCAUGUCCCUCAUGCCGAUCCUCCCCAUCAACCCGGCACACCUCUUCCCAUGUCACCUCGUUCCGCAAUUCCCCAACUUCCUGGUACACCUACCAUGGUACACGCUGUCCCGCACCCCCCUCAUACUCCCCAAUCGCCUCCCUCUGUAUCUUCUCCACCGCCCACACCCUCCACCGCCAACGCACCCCGUCUUAACACGAAUGCCAGCGCCUUUGUCCCUCUCGGGCGUCCCUCAGCCAAAGUCACCAUCAAGAGUCAGGAUGGCAUGGAAGUGACGCUCGAUGCGCUCAAGAAGCACAGCCCCCAACCGCCCUUAGUCCCCAUCGCCCCCGCGUCUCCUGUUGUGAGCAGCCGACGGAUACGGUCGGUUUCGGUUCGGAUUGAGAGCGAGGAUUCGAAGCGAUUGCGUGAGGAGACUGCACGUGGGGAGGAUGUCCGUCCAUCGCUGCAAGGGUACCUCUUUGAUGGUACCCAAGACAGUGUUCAUCAUGAUUCCUUCUCCGAAGAGUCUCAUCAUACCAACAUUGACGAGGUGCUGCACCUCCAGCAACGUAAAGCCAAGUUCAAUCUCUCAUCACGGCAUCAGUCUCGUAGGAGUUGCUGCAGUUAAGGACAAAGGGGCAUUGUAUGUUGCCUGGCGGCCUAAACAAGGACGGCGGCAAGGUGUCCAGGUAGCCGCCACUAUGCCACCUGCUACUGGUACGGCGGGCACGCAGGCACGUUCUGCUCUGAUCAUUGACAACCCCACAUGUUAGACUCGUUUCUAGUUGUUUCUCGGCGGUGUAUCCGUUCAGUCUGCUGAUUCGUAGUAGAGAAACAGCC